UGCCACAAACCAAAUACGACUUCUAGUCCAGUUGCAUUCGAAGGUAAACACACUCCUCACUUGAAGUCGUCGCUGCGAAGUGCAUUCCUUCUUUCAUAUCUUCCUGCUGCUGCCUCAUUCAUCGGUGCAGGAAUGGCCAGAUACCUAGGAGGAUUACUGGCGCUGCUUUUUGCUGCUUCGAUCUGCGGAGCCGUCACGAUUCCUGGCCCCGUCUCUGAUGCUCACCGUUCCGCAGCAUCGGAGCUCUUCGGUGACUCAUUUUCAAGUUUAGAAGAUGCGUAUGAGGCCCUCAGAGUUUUUGAGAUUCUUGGGGUUGGGAAUAAGCCUGAUGUGAGCGCAACCACGUGCAAGCAAGUAGUGGAAAAUCUAGGGUCCUCAUCCCCUGUGAAGGAUUUGUUCUAUGCAUUAAAGGUUAAUGGCAUAUUAAAAUGCAAGGUUAAUGCGGACGUUUUCAAGGAUAUUGCUGUGAGGCUUAAAGCCACUGUCAAUGAUGCAAGCACUUUGGUUGACAUGUACUAUUCAAUAGGAAGUUUGGUUCUUAUAAAGGACCAGGCUUCUGAUGUUGAUGUGCUUCUUGCUGAUGCAGAUGGAACCUUCCAUUCAAUCAAGGCUCUGAGCCAAAGUGAUGGAAGAUGGCGCUAUAGUUCUGAUAAUCCAGAAUCUAGUACCUUUGCUGCUGGGUUAGCACUUGAAGCAUUGGCUGGAGUGAUCUCAUUAGCAUCUUCUGAAAUUGAUCUUUCUAGGGUGAAUACAGUGAAAAAUGAUAUAUUGAAGCUUUUUGACAGCAUCGAGAAAUAUGAUGAUGGAACCUUCUAUUUUGAUGAGAAAUUUGUUGGUGGACGUGAGCAUCAGGGUUCUCUUUACACAACUUCAUCUGUUGUUCGAGGGCUCACAACAUUUGCUUCUGCAAUUUCUGGAAAAAUAAAUCUUCCAGGGGAUAAAAUUUUGGGUUUAGCAAAAUUUUUCCUGGGUAUUGGAAUCCCAGGUGAUGCCAAGGACUUCUUCAAUCAAGUUGAAUCAUUAUCUCUUCUGGAGAACAACAGGAUUUCCAUCCCAUUGGUACUGUCACUUCCUGAAACAGUUUAUUCAUUAUCCAAAAAAGAUCAGCUCAAGGUUAGGGUGAAUACAGUACUUGGUUCAGCUGCACCACCGUUAACAGUUAAGCUAGUCCGAGCUUUCCGCCCUGAUGCUAAAGAUUCAGCUGUUUUUGAGAACAAGGAGCUCCAAUAUGAUAAAAGUAAUGGAAUUCAUGUCUUGGAAGUUUUCCCAGGCAAUGUGGAUGUGGGAACUUAUGUGUUUGUUUUUGAGAUUGUACUUCACGACUCUGCUGGUGAAAAAGUUUUUGCUACUGGAGGUCAAAUUCAUGUACCAAUAUAUGUCACUGGCAUUAUUGAAGUCAGCAAUGCAGAAAUUGCAGGUCUUGACAGUGAUCUUGGAAGUGUUGAAACCCAGAAAAAGCUAGAUUUGGCUGGAAAUGUUGUUGUUGAACUCUCAGCUAACCACUUGCAAAAGUUGCACUUUUCUUUCCAAUUGACAACACCGCAUGGUCAUGCUUUUAAGCCUCAUCAGGCAUUUUUCAAGUUGAAGCAUGAGACAAACCAUGAACACAUCUUUGUGAUUGGAAAUACUGGCAAGAAGUUUGAGAUUGUUCUGGAUUUUCUUGGUUUGGUGGAGAAGUUUUAUUAUCUGUCGGGCAGAUAUGACAUUGAGCUGACCGUCGGAGAUGCUGUCAUGGAGAACUCUUUCUUGCGGCCACUGGGUCAUGUUGAUUUAGAACUUCCAGAAGCUCCUGAGAAGGCAUCGCGUCUUCCUCCACUCCCUGUUGAUCCUUACUCAAGAUAUGGUCCCAAAGCUGAGAUAGCCCACAUAUUCAGGGCUCCUGAAAAACGACCACCCCAGAACCUCUCUCUUACUUUCUUGAGUUUAACUCUUCUUCCAUUUAUUGGCUUUUUAGUUGGGCUGUUACGCUUGGGGGUGAACUUUAAAAAUUUUCCAUCUUCAGCAGCACCUGCUACAUAUGCUAUCCUAUUCCAUCUCGGCAUCGCUGCAGUUCUAUUCCUCUACGUACUUUUCUGGUUGAAGCUGGACUUGUUUACUACACUUAAAACUGUAGGACUUUUGGGUGCUUUUCUCAUGUUCGUGGGGCACAGAAUUCUCUCCCAUCUCGCUUCAACUUCAUCCAAGUUGAAGUCUGCAUGAGUAAAAGGUCUAUUUAUAAAGACAUGAUAUGGUAAUUUGUGUUUUUCCUUGAAAAUAUGGUACUAAUCCAAUUUUGUAGGACUUUGUUGUACUAGUUCGUAACAAAUUUAGAGCUCAAUUAUAUCAAAAAGAAAUUUUCUUUAUCUUGA